CUCCGGCCACCGCCCCGUCCCUGGUGGCCUGCUGCUUGAGCAGCUGCUGCCUCCGUCCCGUUCGUGCUGGUGAGCAGCUGCUGCAUCGGGCUGCUGAGAGCUGAGAUCCAUAUUCUCUCUCCUUUGACUUGCAAAAAAAAAAAAAUCCAAAAAAAAAAAAAUCAGAAAGCAUGGCGUCGUCGUCUACAGGCUAUGUUAGCAUUCCUCGGUGCCCGGUGAUCUUUGAUGGCACUAACUAUGGGGAGUUUGCUAGCUUCAUGCGCAUUCAUAUGCGCGGUCUUCGUCUUUGGGGCGUUCUUACCGGCGAGGUCCCCUGUCCGCCGCGCCCCAUUGCUCCUGUGCCUCCUACCCCGCCGCAUGUGCCACAGGCCCUUGCUGCUGAUGCUCCACAGACUGCCAAGGAUACGGCCAAGGCUGCCGAAACAACUGCUGAUGAAGCAUAUGAGCAGCAGGUACUUGAUUAUUCAGAGGCGCUUGGUUCCUACCGAGAGAGUCUUGCUGUCUUUACUCAGUGGUGUGAUGAGGAUGCGAGGGCUGCUGCUGUUCUCUCCCAGAGUGUUCAGCCGCAGUUUGCUUCUGAGUUCAUGGACCUUACUACUGUUGCUGACAUGUGGUCCCAGCUUCGUCAGCACUAUCAGCCUUCUGGUGAUUCUCUCUUUCUAUCCGUGCUGCGCCGGAGCAUGACCUUCAGCAGAGGUGACUCCACCGUUGAUGAGUUCCACACCCGAGUUCUCGCGAUUUGGCGCCAGCUUGACUCCCUCAGCAGUGUUGUCCGUGGUACUUGCCGCUGUUGCCGGACCGUGCGGUCGGAUGUGGAGUUCGGGGAGGAUCCAUGA